AUGAGGUCGGUCUGUCUCUCUCUGCUCCUGGUCACUGCCUGCUGGGCUCUGCCCUUCCAACAAACUGGCUUCCUCGACUUCAUGAUGGAGGACGGAUCUGCUGAACCAGAAGCGCCUACAAGUCCAAAGUUAGAGAUCCCAAUCAUGCCAGAAGGGCCCAAGUGCCCGUUCCGGUGCCAGUGCCACCUGCGGGUCAUCCAGUGCUCUGACCUCGGUCUGAAAGAAGUUCCCGAUGAAAUCCCAGAUGAUACCACCUUGCUGGACCUGCAAAACAACAAGAUCACCGAGAUCAAAGAGAACGACUUCAAGAACCUCAGAGGAUUACACGUUCUGAUCCUGGUGAACAAUAAAAUCACAACCAUCCACGCCAAAGCGCUGAGCCCUCUGAUCAAGUUGCAAAGACUCUACCUGUCAAAGAACAUGCUGAAGGAGAUGCCAGCCAACAUGCCCAAGAGCCUGCAGGAGCUGCGCGCCCAUGAGAACGAGAUCACAAAGAUCAAAAAGGCCUCCUUCCAGGGCAUGUCCCAUGUCAUCGUCAUGGAGCUUGGAUCCAAUCCUCUGAAGAGCGCAGGAAUCGAAGCUGGCGCUUUUGCUGACUUGAAGAGGGUGUCUUACAUUCGUAUCGCAGACACCAACAUCACGGAGAUCCCCAAAGGUCUACCUAGCUCUCUGUCUGAGCUUCAUCUGGAUGGAAACAAGAUCACAAAAGUGACGGCUGACAGGCUCAAUGGCCUAAAGAACCUGGCUAAGCUCGGUCUCAGCUACAACGAGGUGAGUUUGGUGGAAAACGGAUCGUUGGCUAACGUCCCACACCUCCGAGAGCUGCACCUUGACAACAACGCCCUGACCAAUGUUCCUCCCGGCCUGUCUGAACAUAAGUACAUCCAGGUGGUCUACCUCCACGCCAACAAGAUUGCCGCCGUGGGAACAGAGGACUUCUGUCCACCCGGCUUCAACACCAAGAAGGCCAUGUACUCCGGCAUCAGCCUGUUCAGCAACCCCGUGCCUUACUGGGAAGUUCAACCCAUCACCUUCCGCUGCAUCUUCGACCGCUCUGCCAUCCAGCUUGGCAACUACAGGAAGAAGUAGAGCGUCCUGCGCCUGUGCGAGGAAGUGCGAUUUGUAAAUGAGUGCGUGAGAGAGUUGCAUGAGUGCGUGUUUGAUCACAGCGCCACGACACUGACCGCCCCACCCCCACCCGCCGCCUCCCUACAAAGCACGACGCCAUUAAUCUACACAGUCAUUUCAGAACUGUAGCGGGCGCUGACCUGAAACGCAACACAUCAUCGUCAUUGUCAACGGCCGGACUCAUCAUAUCGAACCAAUUCACGACAGUUAAACCAGCGGUAACGUUGCAAAUCUGUUCUUGCAUUCAAAUUGUAACAUAUGCUUCAUUAUUGUGCGUAUUAUUUGAAUUUCAGUGGACUCUUGAGUUGACCCUAACCAAAAACAACAACAACAACAAAAAGAUAUCUGAACUUUCACACAGCUGAAAAUGUUAAUAAAUCAGAGUUUGAUAAAUGCAGACUUUGUUGACCUUUUAACAAUUGUAUGAAUUAUGAAAAGGCUGACCUGUAGAGCAGGCGGCAAAGGGGUUACUUGUGUUUUACAACUACCUUUUAACAACUGGUAUACUAGAAUGUAUUAGGUAUUACCUGUGUAAUAGGAAUAGCAUUCAGAGUGUAUCAACAGGCUGCACUCCUUGAAAGAAUUCUCCAUUUCUAUUUGUAUUGUGCUCAAUUCAAGUAGAGAUAAAGCAACCGUGACUUCUAUCA